GGCUUGUAGUUGGUUUGGUAUAAAUAGCGGUGUGUUCGAGAAUUUUCAGCUCAUUUCAAAUUUUCUUUUGUGUUGUGCGGUUUUGUUCCCCAAGUGAAACCAUGUUCCGUUUGCUUUUGAUUGCUGCUGCCUGCUUGACCGUUGGUGUCAAUGCCUACUCCGAUGGCGCACCAAAGGCUGCUUGCCGUGAUCUGACACCACAGCAUGGAGCCGAGCUCCAGACAAAGAAGCCACCAUAUACCUUGACUGGUCCUCACCAUGUUGCUGCUGGUGAGAAGCUGACGCUUAAGCUGAGCGGUGACGAUUUCCUGGGCUUCAUUAUUCAGGCUCGUGAUGGUCAGAACCGUGCCGUGGGUACUUUCACGGUAUUGGAUCCAGCUCAUUCCCAGACACUGGACUGCUCUAACCCUCAUGAUACACUCACCCAUCUGAAGGCCACUAAGGGAAGCCCAUUGAGCGAGAUUAGCUUCGAAUGGACUGCACCUGCAAAUUACAAGGGCAAUGUCAAAUUCAUGUCCACUGUAGUGCAGACUGGCUUUGUCUACUGGGUGGGACGCGUGACAAAGGACAUUGAUGUGGAGUAAUUUAAAUGCAUUGUAAAAUUUCUCAUACUUGCACACUUGUUUUGUUGAUUGCUCCAAUUGUAGGAAUAUUUGUGAUACACAUUUCAUGUUUUUGUCAAUUUUUAAUAUUUGCUUUUAACAGUCGAGCAAAUGCCAGGGCUUUAAAGCAGUAUUUUUUGCAAUAAAGUCAAAUACAUAUCUAAUCAAAAAUAA